UCGACGUCACUUUGGCGCCGAAAGGUUCGGGUUUGAGCGCGCGUAGCACGGCGGAUGUCAAUACCGACGUUACGGUAAAGAAAAAGGAGUAUCUGAAUAUCUGAACUGCAUUUACUCCACAGCUAACAUGCAGCGGAACAUAGCGUCUUUUUUUCAGCCAAUGAAAUGUAAGGAGAAGAAUGAUGGACCGGUUAAAGGGAAGUCAGAACCAAUUAAAAGCCCCCUCAAAACUCAGAAUGGUGAGAGAGAAUGUGAUUCCCCAGUGAAGAAGACAAGCAGACGCAGCCGACCAAUCAUAGAUAGUGAUGACGAAGACGAGCCAACAGUGCAAGAAGUCGCCUCCAUACAGGACAGGGACCAAGCAGCCAAGCCAGACAAGGAGAAAACUGAUGUUUUUAAGGUCACUCCCAGCCCGCUUUCGCCAAAUCCUGUUACUAUGCCAACGACCCCCGUCACCCCAGCCACCCCUGCUGUUUCAGCAGAUUCAGGCACCCCUGGAACACCUGUUACACCGACAUACACAUCACCCUGUGACAUCCCAAAACGCAAGACUGCUCGUAAGCAAUUUCCCAAGAGGAAGUUGGACAGCAUGAGUUAUGGAGAGAGAGAGAAGGAGGAGGAAGAGAAUGAAGGGCAGGAGAGUAAAAGAGCACGGAUCAAAGAAUCUGCUGACCAGGCGGGGAAUGAGGAAGAGGCAAUGGAGCUUGAGGAAAAGAAUGUAAAUGGAAAGACCGUAGAGGAGGAACAGAAGGAGAAGAAGGGUGAGAAAAUGGAUGAAGAAGUUAGCAGUGGAGUGAAAGAAGAGACAAAAAAACAAAGUGAUGAAAAUGAAGUUGAACAGGAUGAAGAGAAAGAUGAAGUGAAGAGGAAGACUGGACAGGUGGGAAAAGUGAAGGAAGAAAAAUGCAGUCCUGAAAGAUUAACAAAGGAAGGGGUGAAUACAUCUGCUCAGAAAAAAACUAUCAGCAAUUUCUUUGCACCCAGAAAGGCUGCAGUGAAACUGGAAAAAUCAGAAGAAAGGAGUGAUGGAGAGAAAAAGAAGGAUGAAGGGAAGGCUGUUGCUGUGCUUGAGGAGAAAGGAAAAGGUGAAAGGGGAGUGGAGCCUGCAAAUCAGAGCCAGUACGAUCCUUCAAAAGCUCAAUACCAUCCUAUUAAUGAUGCCUGCUGGAAGAGGGGCCAAAAAGUUCCGUAUCUUGCUGUUGCUCGUACCUUUGAAAAGAUUGAGGAAGAUUCUGGCAGAUUGAGAAACAUUGAGACGCUGUCCAACUUGCUCCGAUCUGUCAUCCUGCUCUCUUCAGAUGAUCUGCUGUGCUGUGUUUACCUGUGCCUAAAUCAGCUUGGCCCCGCCUACCAGGGGCUAGAGCUAGGUGUCGGAGAGACGGUGCUGAUGAAAGCCGUUGCUCAGGCAACUGGGCGACAGCUGGACAAAAUCAAAGCAGAGGCCCAGGAAAAAGGUGACCUGGGGUUGGUGGCUGAGAGUUCCCGUAGCAACCAGAGAAUGAUGUUUGCACCAGCAAAUCUGACGGCGAAAGGCGUGUUCAGCAAACUGAAGGAAAUUGGCAACAUGAGUGGUAACUCAGCCAUGAAUAAGAAAAUCGACAUCAUUAAGGGUCUGUUUGUGGCUUGUCGUUUUUCAGAGGCCAGAUACAUUGUGCGGUCAUUGGCAGGGAAGUUGAGGAUCGGAUUGGCUGAACAGAGUGUUCUAGCAGCUCUGAGUCAGGCUGUGUGUCUGACUCCACCAGGUCAAGAGUUUCCUCCGAGUGUAAUUGAUGCAGGAAAGGGAAUGAGCACAGAGAGUCGUAGAGGAUGGCUGGAAGAGAAAGGACUUAUUCUAAAACAGACUUACUGUGAGAUGCCAAAUUAUGAUGUCAUCAUUCCUGUCCUGUUAAAGGAAGGCAUAGAUGAGCUGCCCAAUCACUGCAAGCUCACUCCAGGUGUGCCCCUGAGGCCCAUGUUGGCUCACCCCACUAAAGGAGUGGGCGAGGUGAUGAAGAGGUUUGAUGAGGCUGCUUUCACGUGCGAGUACAAAUAUGAUGGAGAGAGAGCACAGAUUCAUAUUCUUGAAAAUGGAGAGGUUCGUAUUUUUAGCCGAAAUCAAGAGGACAACACCAGCAAAUACCCUGACAUCAUCUUGCGAAUUCCACAGGUAAAGAAGGAAUCAGUGCGUUGCUGUGUGUUGGACUCAGAGGCUGUUGCGUGGGACAGAGAGAAAAAACAGAUCCAACCUUUCCAGGUCCUUACCACACGCAAGAGGAAGGAUGUGGAUGCAUCUGAGAUAAAGGUGCAGGUGUGUGUGUAUGCCUUCGACCUCCUGUACCUGAACGGUGAGUCUCUGGUGAAGGAGCCGUUGAGUAGGCGCCGUGCUCUGUUGAGGGAGAGUUUUGUGGAGAAGGAAGGAGAGUUUGUCUUUGCUCGUUCUCUCGACUCUUGCAACACAGAGACCAUUGCUGAGUUCCUGGAGCAGUCUGUUCGAGACUCUUGUGAAGGCUUGAUGGUGAAGACUCUAGAGAAAGAUGCCACUUACGAAAUUGCUAAACGCUCUCACAACUGGCUUAAGUUGAAAAAAGAUUAUCUGGAGGGUGUAGGGGACACAGUGGAUCUGUGUGUGAUCGGUGCAUACUUGGGAAAGGGCAAGAGAGCUGGCAGCUAUGGGGGCUUCCUGCUUGCCUGUUACGAUGAGGAGAACGAGGAGUUUCAAUCUGUUUGUAAGAUAGGAACUGGCUUCAAGGAUGAAGAUCUGGAGCAACAUUACAAAUUUUUAAAGGAACAUGUCCUCCCCAAACCCCGACCAUAUUACCGAGUGGAUCAAUCAGCAGAACCGGAUGUUUGGCUUGACGCUGUACAAGUGUGGGAAGUGAAAUGUGCAGACCUAUCACUGUCUCCGAUCUACAAGGCAGCAAUGGGAUUGGUGGACCCAGAGAAAGGGAUUUCUCUUCGCUUCCCCCGUUUCCUCCGCAUCAGAGAUGACAAGAAAUCAGAGGAUGCUACUACUGGGGCACAGAUUGCUGAUCUCUAUAAGAAGCAGCAGCAGAUUCAGAAUCAAGGAGAAAAACCUGAUCUCGAGGAUUACUACUGAUUCUUGCCCUGUGAUCUGGACUCUUGUUUGUUUGGGUCGGUCAUUCUUAGCUGUCUAGAGUUUGAGCAGUGUAGUGGUACAAAUCCUAUAAUUGAACACAGGGUGGGCGGGCAAUAAAACAAUAUUUUAUGGUUAUUGUGAUAAAUUACUUCACAAUAUGCUUUAUAUUGUGUAUGUAUAAGUAUAUUGUGGAUACCGUUAAUAAACAGUUGCAUUCCCCAUUACAGAGAGUACAUAAUUUGUCCUGUUUAGUUGGAUUUAGGACAGAGCAACAAAUAAAACAUUUAAUAAAAAUUGUUAGUUAUUUUGUUAAUCCUGGUACUCCUGGGGCUUUUGUGUCUGUUCAAAAGUAUCACCCACCUCUGUUUGUUUGAGUAGUUCUCCUCUGUUUGUACAAGGAUGUUAAAUGAGAAUGGAAAAAGUUAAUUGUAAAUAGGCUUUGAAAUAAGAAUUCAAAUAAAAAUGUCUAAGUGGGA